AUGGCCGCGCAUCGGCCUCUGAAGCAACAGUUGACGCUGUUCCUGAGCUUCCUUACCAUUUUUGCUUGUUUUAUUUCCCCAGUUGUCAGCGUCAAGCACGAGAAUUUCAAAACAUGCUCCCAGUCCGGUUUCUGCAAGCGGAACCGAGCUUAUGCCGAUGAAGCUAUCGCCUCGGCAAACAAUUGGAAGACGCCAUAUGAACUCGAGCCUUCGUCCGUCGAAUUGAACAAUGGCUAUCUACAAGGAGUAGUAUUAAAGACCACUGAAUCCGGAGAGAAGGUCAGGCUACCUCUCACCGUAUCCUUCUUGGAGUCGGGUGCCGCCAGAGUUGUUCUGGACGAAGAAAAGCGAAUCAAGGGGGAUAUCAAAUUGCGACACGACAGCAACAUUCGAAAGGAGCGAUAUAACGAGGCUGCAAAGUGGGCCAUAGUUGGCGGUCUGGCACCAAACAAGGCUGCAGCUUUCAGCCCCGAAUCAGAGACUGGGUAUACCAAGGUCCAAUAUGGCCCUGAACAUCAGUAUCAAAUGGUUCUUCGCCAUGCACCCUUGGAGAUAAACUUUCAACGCGAUGGAGAAACUCACAUCAAAUUGAACGACCGAGGCUUUCUCAAUCUGGAGCACUGGAGACCCAAAGUUGAUGUCCCUGAAGGCGAGACUGAGCCGGAGAAUGAGGCCACAUGGUGGGAGGAAUCGUUUGGUGGAAACACUGAUUCUAAGCCCAGAGGGCCCGAAAGUGUAGCCCUGGACAUCACUUUCCCAGGGUACGAGCAUGUAUACGGUAUUCCAGAACAUGCAGACUCGAUGUCGUUGAGGGAGACACGGGGUGGCUCUGGUAACCACGAGGAACCAUAUCGUCUAUACAACAGCGAUGUUUUCGAAUACGAGCUGGACAGCCCAAUGACACUAUACGGCGCCAUUCCUUUCAUGCAAGCUCAUCGCAAAAACUCCUCUGUGGGCGUCUUUUGGCUUAACGCGGCUGAGACAUGGGUGGACAUUGUCAAAACCAAAUCUACUUCCAAUCCUCUUUCGCUAGGACUUACAGGUAAAAGGACUACACAGACCCACUGGUUCUCUGAGUCCGGUCAGCUUGAUGUAUUUGUUUUCCUUGGUCCAAAUCCACAGACCCUGAGUAAGACAUACGGAGAGUUGACGGGAUACACACAACUUCCACAACAAUUCGCUAUCGCGUAUCAUCAGUGCCGCUGGAAUUACGUCACUGACGAGGACGUGAAGGAAGUCGACCGCAAGUUCGACCGCUACCAAAUUCCUUACGAUGUGAUCUGGCUUGACAUUGAAUAUACAGAUGGCAAGAAGUACUUUACAUGGGACCCAAUGACCUUUCCUGACCCCAAAGGCAUGCAGGAUCAGUUGGACGAGUCGGAACGUAAGCUUGUGGCCAUUAUCGAUCCUCACUUGAAGAACGAGAAUGGCUACCAUGUUAUCGAUGAGCUCAAGAGCAAGGAUUUGGGCGUCAAGAACAAAGACGGCAACAUUUACGACGGUUGGUGCUGGCCAGGCUCAUCGCAUUGGGUCGACUGCUUCAACCCAGCUGCUAUCUCCUGGUGGAAGGGUCUCUACUCCUACGACAAAUUCAAGGGUACAUUCCAUAACACUUUUAUCUGGAAUGAUAUGAACGAACCUUCGGUGUUCAAUGGUCCUGAAACUACCAUGCCAAAAGACAACAUCCAUUACGGAAACUGGGAGCACAGAGAUGUUCACAAUCUCAAUGGUAUGACUGUGGUCAAUGCUACCUACCAGGGUUUGGUUGAGCGAAAGAAAGGUCAGCUACAGCGUCCAUUUGUCUUGACUCGAUCAUUUUAUGCUGGCUCUCAACGUAUGGGGGCUAUGUGGACCGGUGACAACCAGGCUGAGUGGGGUCACUUAGCGAUGUCGAUGCCCAUGGUUCUGAACCAAGGUGUUGCUGGCUUCCCCUUUGCUGGAGCAGAUGUUGGUGGUUUCUUCGGAAACCCCGAUAAGGACCUUCUUGUGCGUUGGUAUCAGACGGGUAUCUGGUACCCAUUCUUCCGAGCUCAUGCUCAUAUCGAUACCCGUCGCCGCGAACCAUAUUUGACCGGUGAGCCUUAUAUGCAAAUUAUCAGCCAGGCGAUCCGUCUCCGUUACCAACUCCUUCCUGCUUGGUAUACAGCAUUCCAUGAAGCUUCCGUUACUGGAAUGCCCAUUGUGAGACCUCAGUAUUAUGUCCACCCCGAGGACGAGCAGGGUUUUGCCAUGGAUGAUCAGUUCUACCUAGCUUCGACUGGUAUCUUGGUCAAGCCUGUGGUUGCCAAAGACCAAGAUUCCGUCGACAUCUACUUGUCUGAUACCGAGAAGUACUAUGACUAUUUUGAUUACACGGUCUACCAGGGCAGCGGAAAGUGGCACAAGGUCCCUGCUCCGUUAGACAGAAUUCCUGUCCUCAUGCAGGGCGGCCAUGUUAUCCCUCGACGGGAUCGCCCACGACGCAGCAGCGGGUUGAUGAAGUGGGAUCCUUAUACUCUCGUGGUCGUACUAGACGAAAAUGGUUCGGCCGACGGCACGCUUUAUGUGGAUGAUGGAGAAGGUUAUGACUACAAGAAAGGUGGCUACAUCCACCGCCAAUUCACCUUUGUUGACUCUACAUUUGUCUCGGAAGACAUCGGCACCAAAGGUCCCAAGACCGAUGAGUAUCUCAAGGCAAUGGCCGAUGUUCGCGUUGAGAAGAUUGUUGUGGUUGGUGCGCCAGCUGAAUGGGAGCACAAGGACACCGUCAUGGUCAUCGAGGAUGGAUCCAAGGGAGCAGCCAAAGCCUCCUUGCAAUUCACAGGUAGCCAGAACGGCAAGGCAGCAUUUGCUGUGGUGAAGAAGCCCAAUGUUGCUAUUGGGAAGUCGUGGAAGAUCGAGUUCUAG